UACCAUCAGAACAACCCACAUUAAUCUCUAAAUAAUAUCCCUAAAAAUGGCUAUCUAUGCAACUACCCAGUUUUUCUUCAUUAAAGCCCACACAUUAACUGAUGUUUUGCACUUUAAAGGCCCAACAAUCUUUGACACAUGCACUUUUGCUUUUGACUACAGUCAAACCUCUCUAUAACAGUUUUAUUUGUUCCGAAUUUUUUGGGGAUGUUAUAACGAAGUGCUGUUAUAGAGAACAUAUAUUAUAACAUAGUAUGAAAAUUGGUUCCAUAAAGAACUUGUUUUUAUAGUGAAUGAUUGUUACAUAGCGAUGUUAUUACAGAGAGAUCUGACCGUAAUUUAUUCAGGUCUGGUGCAAGUACCUACAAGGCGUAAAACUCAGCCAUUUGCAUGGCUAGUGGCAGGUUUUUGUGCACUUUUUUGGGUCAUGGUAAUAGUAGCUGGCCUAGCAAUCCUCAUCAUCUAUCUUGUCUUCCGCCCAAGAAAUCCAAAGUUUGACAUUACAAGUGCCACACUCAAUGCAGCCUAUCUUGACAUGGGCUACCUCCUCAAUGCAGAUGUUACUAUACUUGCAAACUUCACAAAUCCAAACAAAAGAGGGAGAGUAGAUUUCCAUUAUGCGAUCUUGGAUCUGUAUCAUGGUGGUAAUCUUUUAGCUUCUAGUUACAUGGACCCUUUUUCGACGAUGAGCCACGAGUCGAGGUUUCAAGAUGUUCAUUUGGUGAGUAGCCAGGUUAGGCUACCUUUAGAACAUAGCCAACAAUUGAAGAAGGAAGUGGAGAGUGGAAGAGUGAAGUUUGAGGUGAAGGGAUUGUUUAGAGCAAGGUCUAAUUUAGGAAGUUUUCUUCAAUAUUCUUAUUGGUUGUAUAGCCAAUGUACUAUUGUGGUAACUAGCCCUCCAACUGGUGUCUUGAUUGGCAGGAAGUGCGUCACAAAGCGCUAAGGGCUCGUUUGGUACGAGAGAUAAGGGAUAAUUAAUCCUGAGAUUAAAUUUAAGAUGAGUUUAUCUCGUGUUUUGGUUGGGAUAAGAUCGUGGUAUAACUAAUCCCGUCCCAGGAUUGUAGUGUUUUUUUAUCUCUAUGGUAGGGUGGGAUAACUAAUUCCGAGAUAAUUAAUCAUGGGAUAACUUGUUUCCCAACCAAACGACCCCUAAGAGUAAAGAGAGUAUUUUGACUUCAUGGAGUGUCUUCAGUUAUUAACAGUGUUGCUCUUUCAGUCAUGUUUUGAUUUUUCAACUUUUUUUGUGGAAAAAGAAAUGAUGUUUAACAUGUGAUUUGGAACAUUAAUUACCUAUUUUUCUUCUUUGUA